AUUUACUAGAUAAACAAGCGCCUGUUUUCCAUGGUCGAUGAGAUAUUGAGGUGUGUAGGCUGUCAUUGCCUCUCUCUCUCAUGCGCCUACUGGUCUUUGUGAAUCGGCUCAAACCUCAAGGUUUGGCGUAUCAAAUAAUUCACUCCUAUCAUUCGCCUGAUAAAUCUUCACACGAAAUUGUUCAUAACUAGUUGAUCUUUCCAGUUGCUGCUCGUGUUUGUUCUUCUGCUAUGCACUGUGGGGCCAAUUCUUGAAAUCUUACCUACAGUGAAAAAAAGUCAAAAAAGUGCCAUAAGUGUAAUGAUUACAUGCUGUAUAAAGUAACCAAACAAACCCUUUUGUUUGGAUGACAUUUCCAGGCUAAUUUCAAUUUUCAACAUACAACAUGAAAUCCAUAACAAAGAAGGGAUUAACAUCAAUCUCACCAUUCCGAUUCAAAGAAAAGUCAACCAACUGUUUUUGUUUAUUUCCAAAAGUCAAAUCCGUAUAUGGUCCAGGGAAUUCCCCCGUUUAUCUCAAUGUCUAUGAUUUAACUCCUAUGAAUGGAUACGCUUACUGGGCCGGCUUCGGAAUCUUCCAUUCCGGAGUUGAAGUUCAUGGAGUGGAAUAUGCGUUUGGGGCUCAUGAUUAUCCAAGUAGUGGUGUGUUUGAGGUUGAACCUCGACAAUGUCCAGGGUUUAAAUUUAGGAGGUCGAUAUUAAUUGGGACCACGUGUCUGGAUCCUAUGCAAGUCCGAGAAUUCAUGGAGCAUCAUGCUGCUAAAUACCAUGGUGACACGUAUCACUUAAUUGUCAAAAACUGCAACCAUUUUUGUAAUGAUGUUUCCUUACAACUUAACCGGGAAACAAAUCCCCGGUUGGGUCAACCGGCUCGCUAAACUCGGGUCGAUAUUUAGCUGUGUGUUACCCGAAGCCCUUAGAGUUUCGGCCGUGCAACAUUGCAUACCUUACGAGACCGAGAAGCAAAUGCUAAGAAGCAGUAGUUUUAGUUUUCUAUCAUCGAGGCAGAGACAGCUGUCGAUGUCUUCGUUGCUUUUGCAGUCUCCAUUAAAGGGUUGCUUAAGGCCUUGGGAGUUGAGGCGAUCAAGAUCAAGAAGUGUUGUCGUAAACAACACGUAAGAAGAAUGGAAGGCGUCUUAGUUUCUUGUUUGUUUUGUCGUAAAUAAGCACAAUGAUUUGUUUGUAUGUUAGCAUAUGAUUAGUGGUGAUGAAAUUAAUUAAUGUAAGGUUUAGGGGAAACUUAUUUUAGGUAGAGUGAUCAAAGUUUUUAUUAUUCUUGCUAUUAUUUUUCUUUACAAUCUAUUACAAAGAUUAGUGGAACAA